ACCCGUGCCGCGCCGCUCCCUUCCCGGUGCCCCGGCCGGCAGCAGCGGCGGGUGUAAAGGUCGCUCGGUCGGUUGCUGUGUCCAGCGGCGUCGCUCGCUGGCUGCCGGCCUCAUGCCCCGAGCCUAGCGCUGCCCGCCCCGGCCAUGUCUGCCGCGGAGCUCUACACCAAGUACUCUAGAGUUUGGAUUCCUGACACUGAUGAAGUUUGGAGAUCGGCAGAAAUUACCAAGGAUUAUAAAGAAGGAGAUAAAAGCCUUCAUCUGAAACUUGAAGAUGAAACUCUCUAUGAAUAUCCCCUUGACCUCCAAGGGAAGGAGCUGCCUUUCCUGCGCAAUCCAGAUAUCCUGGUGGGAGAGAAUGACCUGACGGCCCUGAGCUACCUACAUGAGCCUGCAGUCCUCCACAACCUCAAAGUCAGGUUCCUCGAGUCCAACCACAUCUACACGUACUGUGGUAUUGUGCUUGUUGCCAUCAAUCCUUACGAGCAGCUGCCCAUCUAUGAACAAGAUGUCAUCUAUGCCUACAGUGGCCAAAAUGUGGGGGACAUGGAUCCCCAUAUCUUUGCUGUGGCAGAGGAAGCCUACAAGCAGAUGGCCAGGGAUGAGAAGAACCAGUCCAUCAUCGUGAGCGGGGAGUCAGGUGCCGGGAAGACGGUGUCAGCCAAGUACGCCAUGCGCUUCUUUGCAACCGUCGGGGGCUCUGCCAGUGAGACCAACAUCGAGGCCAAAGUCCUUGCAUCCAGCCCCAUCAUGGAGGCAAUUGGAAAUGCAAAAACAACAAGGAAUGACAACAGCAGUCGCUUUGGGAAGUACAUUCAGAUUGGGUUUGAUAAGAGGUACCACAUCAUUGGGGCCAACAUGAGGACCUACCUGCUGGAAAAAUCACGAGUUGUAUUCCAGGCAGAAGAUGAGCGCAACUACCACAUCUUCUAUCAGCUUUGUGCCUCUGCAAGUCUUCCAGAAUUCAAGGAUCUUGGAUUAACAUGUGCGGAAGACUUUUUCUACGCUUCUCAGGGAGGUGAAACGUCAAUCGAUGGCGUGGAUGAUGCUGAUGACUUUGAGAAAACCAGGCACGCUUUCACCCUGCUUGGAGUGAAGGACUCUCAUCAGACUACCAUUUUUAGGAUCAUUGCUGCCAUUCUGCACCUGGGGAAUGUGGAAAUCCAAGCGGAGCGAGAUGGUGAUGCCUGCAGCGUGUCGAGUGAAGACAAGCACUUGAACCACUUCUGUGGCCUGCUGGGUGUGGAGCUCAGCCAAAUGCAGCACUGGCUCUGCCAUCGCAAGCUUGUCACUGCCACUGAGACCUAUGUGAAGAGCAUGUCUGUGCAGCAGGUGGUGAAUGCCAGGAAUGCCCUGGCCAAGCACAUCUAUGCCCAACUCUUCAACUGGAUUGUGCAGCACAUCAACAAGGCCCUGCACACCACUGUCAAGCAGCACUCCUUCAUCGGUGUGCUCGACAUCUAUGGGUUUGAGACUUUUGAAGUGAAUAGCUUUGAACAGUUUUGUAUCAACUAUGCCAACGAGAAGCUCCAGCAGCAGUUCAACUCGCAUGUGUUUAAGCUGGAACAAGAAGAGUACAUGAAAGAGGAAAUCCCUUGGACUCUGAUAGACUUCUGCGAUAACCAACCCUGCAUAGACCUCAUUGAGGCAAAACUUGGUAUCUUGGACCUCCUGGAUGAAGAGUGCAAGGUUCCCAAAGGCACUGACCAGAACUGGGCACAGAAGCUGUACGACAGGCACACCAGCAGCCAGCACUUCCAGAAGCCCCGCAUGUCCAACACCUCCUUCAUCAUCUUGCACUUUGCUGAUAAGGUGGAAUAUCAGAGUGAUGGAUUUCUGGAGAAGAACAGGGACACUGUGUAUGAAGAACAGAUCAACAUCUUGAAAGCUAGCAAGUAUCAGAUGGUAGCAGACUUAUUCCAGGAUGAGAAGGAUACUGCAACCACCACUGCCGUGGGAAAGGGAACAUCCAAGAUCAGCGUCCGCUCUGCCAGACCAGUGAUCAAAGCUGCCAAUAAGGAGCACAAGAAAACAGUGGGGCACCAGUUCCGCAACUCUCUGCAUUUGCUCAUGGAGACUCUGAAUGCCACCACCCCGCACUACGUGCGCUGCAUCAAGCCAAAUGAUGAGAAGCUGCCUUUCAGAUUUGAUCCAAAGAGAGUGGUGCAGCAGCUGAGAGCCUGUGGAGUGCUGGAGACCAUUCGCAUCAGCGCUGCUGGCUUCCCAUCCAGGUGGUCCUACCACGACUUUUUCAAUAGGUAUCGUGUCCUUAUGAAAAAGAGAGACCACUCUAAGAAUGACAAGAAGCAGAUCUGCCAGACUCUGUUGGAAGAACUUAUUAAGGAUCCAGACAAGUUCCAGUUUGGACGUACCAAGAUCUUUUUCCGUGCAGGCCAGGUGGCAUAUCUGGAGAAGCUACGAGCAGAUAAGUUCAGAGCUGCCACUAUCAUGAUCCAGAAGACAGUGCGAGGCUGGCUGCAGAGGCUCAAGUACCAAAGGCUGAGGCAAGCUGCAGUCAUCCUCCAGCGCUACGCACGUGGGCGCAUGGCACGGAGGCUUGCUGAGCACCUGAGGAGGACGAGAGCUGCCAUCACCCUUCAGAAGCAGUACCGAAUGCUGCGGAUCUUCCGCGCUUUCCAGCGGCUGCGCAGCGCCACCCUCACCAUCCAGGCCUUUGCUCGGGGCAUGUUUGUCAGGAGGGUGUAUCGCCAGGUCCUUGCAGAGCACAAAGCCACCGUGCUGCAGAAGUACGCCCGCAGCUGGCUGGCCCGCUCGCGCUUCCGCCGGCUCAGGGCGGCCACCAUCACCCUGCAGUGCUACUACCGGCGCAUGAAAGCCAGGCAGCAGCUGAAGGCUCUGAAGAUUGAGGCUCGCUCAGCACAGCACCUCAAGAAGCUCAACAUUGGCAUGGAGAACAAGGUGGUCCAGCUUCAAAGGAAGAUUGAUGAGCAGAACAAGGAAUACAAACUUCUGAAUGAGCAGCUCUCUACGCUCACAUCAGCCCACUCCUCUGAGGUGGAAAAGCUGAAGAAGGAACUGGUGCAGUACCAGCAGAGCCACCAGGGUGAUGGCAACCAGCUCGUCACCUUGCAAGAAGAGGUGGAGCACCUCCAGUUGGAGCUUCAGAAAGCUCAUGGUGAGAGGAAGGUGAUGGAAGACAGCUACUUUAAGGAGAAAGACCUGCUGAGGAAGCGCAUAUCCGACUUGGAAGAGGAAAACACUCUCCUGAAGCAGGAGAAAGAGGAGUUGAACAGCAGGAUCCUGGGUCAGUCUGAAGAUGAGUUUGCAAGAAACACAGCUGAGGAAAAUAUCCAGAUGAAGAAGGAGCUGGAAGAGGAGAGAUCUCGUUAUCAGAACCUGGUAAAAGAGUACUCGAGGUUGGAGCAGCGAUAUGACAACCUGCGGGACGAGAUGAGCAUUAUCAAGCAAUCACCAGGGCACAGAAGAAGCCCAUCCAACCAGAGCAGCUUGGAGUCUGAUUCCAACUAUCCAUCCAUAUCAACCUCUGAGAUAGGAGACACUGAGGAGGUGAUACAACAAGUGGAGGAGGUUGGGGUGGAGAAGGCUGCCAUGGACAUGACCCUCUUCCUAAAGCUACAGAAGAGAGUAAGGGAGCUGGAGCAGGAGAGGAAGAAGCUGCAAACCCAGAUGGAGAAAAAGGAGCAGGAGAGUAAGAAAUCCCAGGUAAUUGAAACGAAGCCUGAAGCGACUUCAGGCCAUGAAGAUUCUGCAUACAACAGUCUGAAGAGGCAAGAGCUGGAGUCGGAGAACAAGAAGCUGAAAAAUGAACUGAAUGAGCUGAGGAUAGCUAUUGCAGACCGGGCAACCCAGAACAACUCCUCCAACGAUGUCCAGGACAGUUACAACCUGCUCCUGAACCAGCUGAAAGCAGCCAAUGAGGAGCUGGAGGUGCGCAAGGAGGAGGUGCUCAUCCUGAGGGCACAAAUUAUGAAGGCAGCCCAGCAGAAAGAGAAAAACAUGGAGAGCAUCACCACCAAUGCCAGCUGGCCCAACAGUGACAAGCACAUUGACCAGGAGGAUGCCAUUGAAGCCUACCAGGGGAUGUGUGAGACAAACCGCAAGACUGAGGACUGGGGGUACCUCAAUGAAGAUGGGGAGCUCGGGCUGGCUUAUCAAGGUCUAAAGCAAGUUGCCAGGUUGCUGGAGGCACAGCUCCAGGAGCAGAGAAGAGAGCAUGAGGAGGAGAUGGAAGCUCUGAGAAACCAGGUGGAUGUAAUGCAAGAAGAGCUGGAGAAACAGCAGCAGGCUUUCCUGCAGACGCUGCAGUUGUCUCCAGAGGUCCAGGUGGAAUUUGGACUUCAGCAAGAAAUCACACGUCUCACCAAUGAAAAUCUGGAUCUUAAAGAAUUGCUGGAGAAGUUAGAAAAGAAUGAAAAGAAGCUGAAGAAGCAGCUGAAGAUUUAUAUGAAGAAGGUCCAAGAUUUUGAAGCAUUCCAAGCCACAGUGCCAGCAGAGAGGAGGCAGCACGAGCGUAACAUGCAGGUCACUGUCCAGAGGAAGGAGAAGGACUUCCAGGGCAUGUUGGAGUAUUAUAAAGAAGAUGAGCCCCUCCUCAUCCGAAACCUCAUCACAGAUCUGAAGCCCCAGACAGUGUCUGCUACAGUUCCUUGCCUCCCUGCCUACAUCCUCUACAUGUGCAUCAGGCACGCGGAUUACAUCAACGACGACCAGAAAGUGCAUUCUCUGCUCACCUCCACCAUCAACGGCAUCAAGAAAGUGCUGAGGAAACACAACAAUGACUUUGAGAUGACAUCGUUCUGGCUGGCAAAUACCUGUCGCCUGCUGCACUGUUUGAAGCAGUACAGUGGAGAUGCGGGUUUCAUGACACAAAACACACCUAAGCAGAACGAGCACUGCCUGAAGAACUUUGACCUGACUGAGUACCGCCAGGUGCUGAGCCACCUCUCCAUCCAGAUCUACCAGCAGCUCAUUAAGAUAGCAGAGAGCAUACUUCAGCCCAUGAUCGUGUUUGCAGUGUUGGAAAAUGAGAGUAUCCAGGGGCUUUCUGGCAUCAAACCAAUAGGCUACAGGAUUCGCUCCUCCUGCAUGGCAGAGGGUGACAGCUCCUACACCUUAGACACAAUCAUUCGCCAGCUGAACACCUUCCACAGCAUUAUGUGUGACCAAGGCAUGGAUCCUGAGAUCGUGGAGCAGGUCUUCAAGCAGCUCUUCUACAUGAUCAAUGCAGUUGCCCUCAACAACCUCCUGCUGAGGAAGGAUGUCUGCUCAUGGAGCACAGGCAUGCAGCUGAGAUUUAACAUAAGCCAGCUGGAAGAAUGGCUUCGUGGGAAGAACCUGCAGCAGAGUGGAGCCGCCAAAACUUUAGAGCCCUUGAUUCAGGCAGCACAGCUUCUGCAGCUGAAGAAGAAAACCUCAGAAGAUGCUGAGGCCAUCUGCUCCUUGUGCACAUCACUCACAACCCAGCAGAUUGUAAAGAUACUGAAUCUCUACACUCCUGUGAAUGAGUUUGAAGAACGUGUGACUGUAGCCUUCAUACGAGAUAUACAGAUGCACCUGCAAGAGCGAAAUGACCCCCCACAGCUGCUGUUAGACUUCAAGCACAUGUUCCCUGUUUUGUUCCCCUUCAACCCAUCCUCCAUAACCAUGGACUCAAUUCAUAUCCCUGCUGCUCUCAACUUGGAAUUCCUCAAUAAGGUCUGAAGGAAGGUAUGAUUAAAUCCACAUCUCCCACCCAGAGACCUCCAGCAAAGAGAGAAAAUAUUGCAGAUGGAGUUUAAGGAACUCCUUAAAUAUGGACCAAACAGGUUUCUGGAACAACCAGUAUACAGUGCUGAAAGGAUGACAAACUGUACAGUCAAGAAGAAGACUACUAUCUGUGUGAUUUCCUGUACUGACUUUUGUAUGUAUAACGUACCUCAGGAAAGCACUACUGGGAAUAAAAAAUAAGAUUAAAUUAAAAAAAAAAAACAACAAACAAAUUUCCACACCCCAAAUCACACAAACCCCCAUCACAAUGAAACCAACACUUGAAACCUGAGGCCAGGCACAUGCCCUAACAAGAAGCAUCCAGGACAAUGCACAUGCUUCAUUUUCACCUAAAACUUGGGGUUGUUUUUCCUGUCUUUUUUUUUUUUUUUUCUUUAUUGGCAUUUUGUAGCUUCUCUUUCAGCUGGUAAGGCUGCUGUGGUGGACUGUAGUAAAAAACAUUAAACCUUAUGGCUGAAUUUAUGUGUCAUAAACAAUCUUUUGUCCAUGCUCCACUGUGCCAAAAAGGACUUUGUGUGAGUGAGAGGGUAACAAAACGUCAGCAUGCUGCAGUGUUGAAGCUGGUCCUGCAACUGACUCUGAAAUCACAAGGGUACCAAAAGCCUUUGGAAGAUCUGAGCCUCCACUGGUGCAAUUUGCAAAGGCUACACUUUGAAACAACAGCUUGUUUUCCUCCAUUUUUCAAUUCUAAGUGGACAAAAUGGUGCAAAAUUAUUCUUACCCACUGUAUUUAACUGAAAAAUCAGCACUUUGUCCAUUGCAUAUAAGCAUGACCUAAUUAAAAUCAAUUGCGUGAACUAACUUGAGCCUUUUCCCCUAAACUUUACUGAUUCACAUAUAUAUUGGUCACAAAUCACUGAAAGGUGGUUUUUGGUUUUCUAUACCCCCUGAAAGAAGUUCUAGCAAUGUAAGAUGUUGAGAAAAACGAUCCAGAGGACAAAUUCCCCAUUUGAUUUCAAUGCCAAGUGGACAAGGACUAUCAAAUUAAGUUGGAAUCAGAAGAAAAAAUGAAUUAUCACCAAAAAUGUGCAAUGCUUAUUUUGUUUGUUUUGAGGAGUUUUUUGGGGAUUGAAGUCUCAUUACCUUAACAAGCAGGAAGUGUAGCUGCUGUUGAAGAAAACUGCUACACGGGAAUGAACACCUGUAGAUGAGAUGCAACUGCUUAUAAAAUAUUUUUCCAUUUUGAACAAAUCUGUAAACUACACCUUUGUUUAUAGGAAAAUGCUUGUAAUAGUCACUGUAAUAUUCAUCUGGGGAUAUGAAAACAAAGCAAAACUAAACGAAAAUUUGUGAAAUAAACACUUUUGAAGAAA